AUGUUCGGAAACGGCCCAGUGGGACCUCGAGCCCCCGCCAUGAUCUCCCCGACGCACAAGCACUACAGCUUCCACUCUCCAACCUCUAGCGACAUGGGCCGGUCAAGGCAGAACUCAGAUGCCAUGGAUAUUCAAGCCAUCACUGAGCGGGAACCUGCAUCGAGAAUUGCGGCCACUGGUGAAGCAUGGCGUAAUGGGUCUCCGAGUAUGAGCCCCAGUUAUAGCAAGGAUUCGGAGAGUGAUCACACUUAUGAAGAGAACGACCGAAAAUACCAGAGCUUUCGCAAGGGAGCCUACUUUCUACCCUGCGACGACCAAGAGCAGGAUCGUCUCGAUAUCUUUCACAAACUAUUCACGGUGGCCCGAGUGUCGGAGAGUCUCAUCUACGCGCCGCAUCCCAACAAUGGCCGGUUCUUGGACCUAGGUUGUGGGACUGGGAUCUGGGCUAUCGAGGUGGCUAACAAAUACCCUAAUGCCGAGGUUACAGGGGUAGAUUUGGCCCCGAUACAACCUAAGAACCAUCCAAAGAACUGCCAAUUUUACGCCCCCUUUGAUUUUGAGAGCCCCUUUGCACUGGGCGAGGAUUCUUGGGAUCUGAUCCAUCUUCAGAUGGGCUGUGGGAGCGUCCUCGGCUGGCCGAACUUAUAUCGAAGGAUCUUCAACCACCUAACCCCUGGCACCGGCUGGCUCGAGCAGGUAGAGAUCGACUUUGAACCUCGCUGUGACGAUCGAUCGCUAGAGGGAAUGGCCAUACGCGACUGGUACAAAUUACUGAAACAAGCAACCGCGGAAUCGAUGCGGCCCAUCGCUCAUAGCUCUCGCGACACCAUCAAGCAUCUACAGGAGGCUGGGUUUGUGGAUAUCGACCACCAAAUAGUCGGGCUCCCACUUAACCCGUGGCACCAAGACGAGCAUGAGAGGAAUGUGGCUCGCUGGUACAAUCUCGCAUUCUCAGAGAGCAUUGAGAAUAUGAGCUUGGCACCUUUUACUCGUGUACUUGGCUGGUCACGGGGGGACAUUGACAACCUCGUCCAAAGCGUCAGAAACGAGGCGUAUAACAAGAAUAUCCACGCAUACAACAUAUUGCACAUAUACCAGGCACGGAGGCCUAACCCAGCUGAGCGACAGAGAUAG